AUGACUUCUACCGCCAGAAAACCUGGCAUUAUUAUAUUAGGUAACAGUGGUGCUGGUAAAAGUUUUCUUGGAAAUGUGAUUUUAAAUCGUGAAGCAUUCGAACAUGAAUAUCAAAUGCAAGCUACCACAGUAAAAACCGAAUAUCAAGAAUGUAUCCUAAAUCAGAAAACGUAUGCUGUUUACAAUAUACCUGGUCUUAUUGAAUUAGAUCAAGAACGUAUUGAUAUCAAUAUACAGGAAAUUGACAAAGCAUUUCAACAACAUCCGUAUGCUGUUGUAAUGUAUGUGUUUGGAACUACAAAUGGUAAAAUUCGAAAUGAAGACAUUGUAGCAUUUCAUGCUAUCAACAGUGCAUAUCCUCUUAGUGAAAAGUCCUUGAUAAUUAUUGUCAAUAGUUUGAGUCCAAACCGUAAAGCUGAUUAUGAAUCACAAACAACAUCGUUGUUAACUCAACACUUCAAAAUGAAUCUUCCGUACAUUUGCUAUGUGAAUGAAAUUAGUCAUGAAAAUGAAAAGCAACCACUUCGUCAACAAUUAAUACAAACAAUCACAACAGCUAUGCCAAAAACGCAUGAAAAACAACAUGAAAUUGAGUUGGUAGCGGCGCAAUUACAAAAAUUAAUAAAACAAGUUGCUGAAUUUCAAAAUAUAAUUGAAAAACAGCAAAACCAAAUCGACGAACAACAAAAAGUAAUCGAAGAUUACAAACGACAAAAAGAAGCAACCGAAAAUGAACGGCAACGAAAAGAAUAUGAAGAGACAAAGCGACAACAGAGGGAAGAAGCCGAAAAUCAACGGCAACGAAAAGAAUAUGAAGAGAGAAAGCGACAACAGAGGGAAGAAGCCCAAAAUCAACGGCAACGAAAAGAAUAUGAAGAAAGACAGCGAAAAAAAGAGGAAAAAGUUGAACAGGUCGGACGGGGAAAAGGUAAGGUCUGA